CAAAUCUAGUUCGAUCACUUAGUUGCUCUUUCACCUAAAUAAAAGCGAAGUGGUGGCAGCUCGCCGUGCACUUGUAUAUAAAUUGGCCAAUUUCAUAAGUUCAGAUCAGUUUGCAAAACAGAUUUCUAUAUAGGCAGAAUGUCUAUUAAAUUGAAAGCAAACGUUAACAGUCCACCCAUUAGUGGUUUGGCUACGGCGCAUUUAAUCAACGCAUCAGUACCAGUGGAAAUUGUUUGGAGCAAGGAAACCUCGCUGCAGUUUCCCGACAAUCGCAUCCUGGUUUGCCAUUCAAAUAAUGAUGUGUUGCGGGCGCUGGCACGUGCUGCACCGGAUUAUAAGCUUUAUGGUGAAACUGCCAUUGAACGCACACAAAUCGAUCACUGGCUCUCUUUUUCGCUGACGUGUGAGGAUGAUAUCUCUUGGGCCAUGUCCUUCCUGGACAAGUCCAUUGCCCCUGUCACGUAUCUGGUCGCUAAUAAGUUGACCAUUGCCGAUUUUGCCCUGUUCAAUGAAAUGCACUCUCGUUACGAAUUUCUCUCAGCCAAGGGUAUUCCACAGCACGUGCAGCGUUGGUAUGAUCUAAUUAAUGCACAGCCGCUAAUCCAGAAGGUGCUGCAAUCCUUGCCGGAGGAGGCGCGUGUCAAGCGCAGCGUCAAAGAGCCCGUGGCAAAAAGCGGCGAGCGCAAACAGGAAGGCAAAUUUGUGGAGCUGCCUGGCGCUGAGAUGGGCAAGGUUGUGGUGCGCUUCCCUCCCGAGGCGUCUGGAUAUUUGCACAUUGGACACGCUAAAGCGGCGCUGCUUAACCAGUACUAUGCGCUGGCUUUCCAGGGCAAGCUAAUCAUGCGCUUCGACGACACUAAUCCUGCAAAAGAGACUGUAGAAUUCGAAAAUGUCAUACUCGGAGAUCUGGAACUACUACAGAUCAAGCCGGAUGUCUUUACGCACACCUCCAACUAUUUUGAUCUCAUGCUUGAUUACUGUGUUCAAAUGUUGAAGGAAGGCACGGCCUAUGUGGACGACACGCCGCCCGAGCAAAUGAAACUGGAACGUGAACAACGCAUUGAGUCGCCGAAUCGUUCGAACUCUACUGAAAAGAAUCUUUCCAUGUGGCAGCAGAUGGUGCAGGGCACUGAGGCUGGCCAGAAGUGUUGCGUACGUGCCAAGAUAGACAUGUCCUCGCCCAAUGGAUGCAUGCGUGAUCCGACAAUAUAUCGGUGUAAGAACGAACCACAUCCGCGCACAGGCACCAAAUACAAGGUCUAUCCUACCUACGACUUUGCCUGUCCCAUUGUGGAUGCUAUUGAGAAUGUGACACACACGCUUCGGACUAUGGAGUACCACGAUCGUGAUGAUCAGUUCUAUUGGUUUAUUGAUGCACUCAAACUGCGCAAGCCUUACAUUUGGGAGUACAGUCGGCUAAAUAUGACGAAUACGGUGCUUUCGAAACGCAAACUUACUUGGUUUGUGGAAUCGGGACUGGUCGAUGGCUGGGAUGAUCCACGUUUUCCCACGGUGCGCGGUGUUAUCCGACGCGGCAUGACAGUAGAGGGCCUCAGGGAGUUUAUCAUUGCUCAAGGCAGCAGCAAAUCUGUAGUCUUCAUGAAUUGGGACAAGAUCUGGUCAUUUAAUAAGAAGGUUAUUGAUCCAAUUUCACCCCGUUACACAGCGCUUGAUUAUGAAAAACGAAUCAUUGUGAAUGUGGCAGGUGCUAAGCUAGAAAAGGUUCAAGUUCCUGUGCAUCCCAAAGAUGAAAAUCUGGGCACAAAAACGGUCACAUUGGGUCCACGCAUAUACAUUGAUUAUGUAGAUGCUGAAGCUCUCAAGGAGGGCGAGAAUGCCACGUUCAUCAACUGGGGCAAUAUGCUGAUCAAGAAAAUCCACAGAGAUACCAGUGGCUCAAUCACCUCCGUGGAUGCCGCGCUCAAUUUGGACAAUAAGGACUUUAAGAAGACGCUGAAACUAACCUGGCUUGCAGUAGAAGACGAUGCCGCUGCAUAUCCACCCACGUUUUGUGUGUACUUUGAUAAUAUUAUUAGCAAAGCUGUCCUGGCUAGGGGUGAAGACUUCAAGCAAUACAUUGGCCACAAGACGCGUGAAGAGGUCCAGAUGCUUGGCGAUCCGGAGCUCAAGAAUUGCAAGAAGGGCGACAUCAUUCAGCUUCAGCGUCGCGGUUUCUUCAAGGUGGACAACGCCUAUGCCCCACCCAGUGCGUACACAAAUGCCCCUUCACCCAUCAUACUAUUCUUCAUUCCCGAUGGACAUACAAAAGAUAUGCCGUCGUCUGGUCUGAAGAUUAAUGCAGCUCCAACGCCGGUAGCUAAAACAGAUGCUACCAACAAUAAAACUGCCAACGUUGCAACGGAUAAAUCGAUCGAUUUGGAUAAACAAAUUGUUCAGCAGGGCGAUCUGGUACGCGAUCUAAAGGCUAAAAAGGCACCAAAAGACCAAAUUGACGUUGCAGUCAAACAGCUGCUAGCCCUAAAAGCCGACUACAAGGCAUCCAGUGGCAAGGAUUGGAAACCUGGCCAGGACACAGCAGCUGCAGCACCGACGAGUGCUGAUCCACCUGCUGCUGCUGCCAACAGCGACGUAGCCUCCGUCAAUGCGAGCAUUGUGAAGCAGGGAGACUUAGUGCGCGACCUGAAAAGCAAGAAGGCAGCUAAGCCUGAGAUUGACGCAGCUGUCAAGCAACUACUGGAGCUUAAAGCUCAAUAUAAAACGCUUGCUGGACAGGAUUGGAAGCCAGGAACCGUGACUGCAGCAGCACCAGCAGCAGCUGUAGCUCCCGCUUCUUCAGACAUUUCCACAGUGCUGUCUCAAAUAUCUGCUCAAGGUGAAAAAGUACGUGAACUAAAGGCAGCCAAGGCUGACAAGGCUAGCAUCGACGCAGCCGUAAAGACACUGCUUAGCUUAAAAGCGGACUAUAAACAGCUAAGCGGCAGCGAUUGGAAACCAGGCACUACAGCACCUGCAACCAUCAAAGUUAAGCAGGAAAAAUCACCAGAACCUGCAGCUGCCAGUACCGUAGCCACAUUGCUGAACAAGAUCACACAACAGGGCGAUAAGAUCAGGCAGCUAAAGUCUGCUAAAUCGGAAAAAUCCCUGGUUGAUGACGAAGUUAAACUGCUAUUGGCUCUAAAGACGGACUACAAGGGCCUUACUGGACAGGAGUGGAAACCAGGCACCGUAGCGUCUGUAGUUGCCCAAAUAGCUACCGUUGAUCUGACUGUUGAGGAUUCUAGCAGUGGCGAGGAUAUUCCUAAUAUCUUGUCCAACAUUAAAGAUCAGGGCGAUAAAAUACGUGAACUGAAGUCGGCAAAGGCAGCCAAGGGAACAAUCGAUCCAGAGGUGCAAAAGUUGCUUGCUCUGAAAGCCGAGUACAAAAAGCUCAGUGGCAAAGAUUGGACACCAGACGCUAAGGUUGAGACUAAAGCGGAGAUGAGUGUUUCGGAAAAAGAUCAGUUGACGUUGGACAUCAAUGCCCAGGGCGAAAAGGUGCGUGCUGCCAAGAGCAGCAAUGCUGCCAAAGAGAUUGUUGACGCAGAGGUCAGUAAGCUGCUGGCAUUGAAAGCUAAAUACAAGGAGGUCACCGGCAUAGAUUUUCCCGUUGCUGGUCGCAGUGGUAGCAGUGGUGCUGUCAAGAAGGCACCUAAAGAGCCACAGCAAAAGGCGGCUAAGCCGGCGAAGAAAGUACCAGCACCUGCACUUAAACCGGAUGCUUCAAGCGGUGUAAAGAAGCAAACUCGAUUGGGUCUGGAAGCUACGAAAGAAGAUAACCUACCGGACUGGUAUUCGCAGGUGAUUACCAAAGGUGAACUGAUCGAAUACUAUGAUGUUUCCGGCUGCUAUAUACUGCGUCCGUGGUCCUUUGCGGUUUGGAAGUCCAUUAAAACCUGGUUUGAUGCGGAAAUCACGCGCAAGGGCGUUAAGGAGUGCUACUUCCCAAUCUUUGUAUCAAAAGCAGUGCUCGAACGUGAGAAGGAUCAUAUUGCGGACUUUGCUCCGGAAGUGGCCUGGGUAACCAAGUCGGGUGAUUCGGACUUGGCCGAACCAAUUGCGGUGCGUCCUACCUCCGAAACGGCCAUGUACCCCGCCUACGCUAAGUGGAUUCAAUCCUAUAGGGAUUUGCCUAUUCGUCUCAAUCAGUGGAAUAAUGUUGUGCGUUGGGAGUUUAAGCAUCCUCAGCCGUUCCUGCGCACUCGUGAGUUCCUCUGGCAGGAGGGUCAUACGGCAUUUGCCACUAAAGACGAGGCCGAUAAGGAAGUGCUAGAAAUUUUAGAUCUCUACGCGCAAAUCUAUACUGAUCUUCUGGCCAUACCCGUGGUGAAGGGACGCAAGACCGAGAAGGAGAAGUUCGCUGGUGGUGACUAUACAACUACAGUGGAGGCAUUCAUUUCGGCUUCGGGCCGUGCCAUACAGGGUGCGACUAGUCAUCAUUUAGGUCAAAACUUUUCGAAAAUGUUUGAGAUUGUCUUCGAGGAUCCGGAAACACAGCAGAAAACAUACGUUCAUCAGAACUCAUGGGGCAUCACCACGCGCACUAUUGGCGUCAUGAUUAUGGUGCAUGCAGAUAAUCAAGGUUUGGUGCUGCCACCGCAUGUGGCAUGUGUGCAGGCUAUUGUUGUUCCCUGCGGUAUUACGGUUAGCACCAAGGAUGAGGAGCGUGCCGAGCUUCUGGACGCCUGCAAACAAUUGGAACGCCGUCUUAUCGGCGCUGGUGUGCGCUGUGAAGGCGACUACCGGGACAAUUACUCGCCCGGCUGGAAGUUCAACCACUGGGAGCUCAAAGGUGUGCCAAUACGCAUUGAGUUGGGUCCCAAGGAUAUGCAGGCGAAGCAAAUUGUCGCCGUGCGUCGUGAUACCGGUGAGAAACUAACUAUUGCCAUGACCGACGUGGAAAAGAAGAUUCCUGCCCUCCUGGAAACGAUUCACGAAAGCAUGCUCGGCAAGGCGCAAAUCGAUCUAGAGUCGCAUACAAAGAUCGUCAAGUCUUGGGCCGACUUCUGCAGCCAACUCGAGAAGAAGAACUUGCUCCUUGCUGCCUUUUGCGGCGACAUACCCUGCGAGGACAAAAUCAAAGCGGACAGCGCACGCGGUGAAGAGAGCGAGGCCGAGCCCGGUGCCCCGUCCAUGGGCGCCAAAUCUCUGUGCAUACCAUUCGAACAGCCGUCGCAGAUCACCGACAGUGACAAGUGCAUCAAUCCCAGCUGCAAAAACAAGCCCAAGUUCUACACAUUGUUUGGACGCAGCUACUAGAAGAUUACAACGUCGAAUGCCACUUUUUACUCAAUAACACGACCACACUUUACUGCAAAAGUUGUUCAAACCUUAAUUUAAUUUCGUAAAUAAUAAUUCAG